GUAUACCACACUUUAUAAAGCUUUGUUUGUUAAGCGUGGAUAAUUUGAAUAUACGUCUGCAGUUACUACAGAUAUCUAUGACAACGCUUCUUCGCACAUAUCGUUGAUCAAUUUUGCCUGAAAUUUUGUAUUUUUUAUUAUUUACCAGCCUAUCAAUACACCUUUGCAAUAAGUUUGUAAAAAAGAAUGACGUCGAUUUUUAUGAUCGAACAGUAACUUUGAUGACGACCAACGCGGAAGCUCGACCUUCGAAAAAUUCAGCCGAUUAAGUAAACAGACGCGUAAUAAUUAGACGCUGCACGCGCUUUUAGGUAGAUGUUGAUUUUUUGUUACAGGAAUCUUUAACAGCUUGAACUAUUCCACAGAAUAAAAGAAAUGUUGAAUGUCACUGACACCGCAGAGGUCGAAAGCUGCUAUCGAUCUUACAUUGUUAUCAAACCGAACGUUUCAUAUAUAAUCAACAGUAUUAUUGGUAUCAUAGUAAAUAUUUUCCUUUGCAUAGUCGGUACAUUUCUCAACACACUCGUCGUUUAUGUCUUCUGGAAGACACCAAAGCUUCGAAACAAAGUAUCUUACUUUAUGAUCAUGAUUUUGUCGUCCAUUGAUAUCUUGGUCACUACAAUCCUUCAUCCGUUGCACAUACUAAUGUCUAUGGCAGAGAUAGUUCAAAAAGCUAACUGUGAUUUCAAAAUGAUCUACCACAUUACAGCCGUUGUCCUCUCUGGGAUGUCUUUUUUUACAUUCUUCCUUAUGAACGUCGAACGCUAUCUUUCUAUCGUUCACCCCUUGUUUCACAUGAAAUACGUGACCAAGACACGGUGUUUCGGGGCUUGUAUGAUGCUUUGCCCCCUAACAAUUUUUUGUGGUCCAAUUGCUUAUCCUCUACGCCUCAACGUGCAGCUCGUUAUCACCGUGAUAGCCGUGAUUAUAAUGGUUGGAACCUGCCACAUUUACUUCUCUAUAUUCUGCAUAGCAAAGAAGAAGAAACAAUGUUUCCAUCACAGAACGACCAACUCUAACAAGAAAUACAAUGUAUUUAUAAUCGAUCUCACAAAGACCGAAUCUCAGAUCGGGCAGGUGCCACAUCAAGCGAAAUCAAAUUACCAGGAAGACAAAAAGCCGAAUAAAACUGUUUCGUUUCUUCACGAUUUGCAACUCGCCAAGACUUAUUUGUUGGUGGUGUUCUCCAGUUUUUUUCUCAAUCUGCCGAAUGCAAUUGUCCUUGCAGCAUUUCAUGCUCCUGUAGAAAAAUUAAGCACUUUGGUACAAUUCAAAAUUUGGACUGUGACGUUCGUGUUGAUGAAUUCCACCAUAAAUUCUCUGAUCUUUUUUUGGGCAAAUAAGCGACUUAGUGUGGAAGGAAAGAAAAUUUGUAAGCAAAUUUUUAAAAGAUAGAAAGUGUGACAGUCUUAAAUUCCGAAAAUUAAUCAGCCAACAUGGCCGUUUUUAUGCGAAUUUUUUGUGUAACAUAUAUCUUAAUAAUUACUGCAUUCGUUGAAAUAAAGUUUUAAUUUGUAAGUAUAA